UGGACGAGAUUUUACCGAAAUGCAUAACUUUAUCGGAUAAUUUUGGAGGACUUUGCGAUAGUGUCGGGAUUGAGUCAUUUUAGUCCAUUUAGUGCAGCUGAGUCGAGACACAUCUACAUUAGACUAAAUACCUCAUUAUCUAUUGAUACAGUGAUUAGACCAAGACUUUCCGUUCAAAGUGUGUACAAGUGCAAAUAAGAAGUUGUUGCUCGAGAGAUAAGAAUCCCCGCACUACCUAAAAUUUUUGUCUAUAAGAAAAACCUCAGACAUCUUCCUCAUUUUCCUCACUCUCAAUCUAAGCUCCAAACUGUGAACAGCACGCAAAAAAAGACACAUUGAGAAAAACUUCCACAAAGUGGACAAUAAAAGUGUUCAAAGUGUCGCAAAUACGAUUUAGGGUUGUCUUUAAGAUAUACUCCAAAAAGGAGAUGCUUUUAUGACAAUUAAUCCCAGCAUUAAUUAGACUUUGAGCAUUCUUUCUUUUCUUUCCUGCUUCACGAGACACAAAAGCCACCGCCAAAGAGUGAGCCUGACCAAGAAUGAAGACAAGAAUAUCGAGGAGAAUUCAAACGAGAGUGACAUUUCUACUGAGAAUCCUCAUUUUUCUGGGUGUAACAGUAUUUUAUCUUGUGAUCCCAAACACCGGGAGUGAUGCAAAUGGACAAUCAAAGAGUUAUUUCGUGUCUGGCCACAGCCUCCCCCGCAGACAUUUAGUGAGUUUUAUGGAGGACAUCCCUCAGAUUCACUCAGUAAGAUUGGAUCCAAUCGCACGAGUGAGUCCGGUGGUCAAUGGGGCGGAAGGAUACGAAUUGAAUUGCACCCCGGCCGCAAUUCUCGAGUUCCCAUCUGAUGGUCUCACGAGGGAGCAGCGUCAGAGUGGCUGGAUAGCUAUCCAUGUAAUCCUCGUAUGCUACCUCUUCUGGCUCCUGGCCGUUGUCUGUGACGAAUACUUUGUGCCGGCCAUUGAAUCAAUGUGCGACAGCCUGAAAAUGAAGAAAGACAUUGCCGGUGCCACAUUCAUGGCAGCUGCAUGCUCCAGCUCCGAGUUGUUCAUUAAUUGCGUCGGGACGUUCAUUACGGAGGGUGACAUUGGGGUGGGAACUAUUGUGGGUUCAGCCGUGUUCAACAUACUGGCUGUACCUGCAUGCUGUGGCCUGAUUGCUGGGCAGAUUGUACUCCUGGACUGGUGGCCAGUGAGUCGGGACUGCCUCAUGUACGGAUUUGCUGUUGUUGCCCUCAUCUCCACUCUCUACGAUGGCAGAGUCAUGUGGUAUGAGGCGCUUUGCUUGGUUUCUGCGUACGUUAUAUACAUUGUUGCAAUUUGCUGCAAUGAUAUGAUUGCACGCAAAGCUCAAACCGUGGUACAUUCGUGCGGAGAGCAGUUCAACGGCUCCGCCAAAUGCUGCACAAAGCCACCCAAAACCGUGAAUGAGGGAUCACCUCUGAUGGAUGGGGUGCAGAGGCUGAAGAAUGGCUAUACCAAGGACCACACCGCGUCCACCGUCGAUGUCAGCGUCACUGAGAAUUGUGCAACAAGUGAAUCGGAUGACUGCGUGGCCGGAGGACCAUGGGCAAGGAAGGAUGAGUCAAUGUUUAUGUUUAUCUGUCGCUGGCCAAUUGCCUUCCUGCUGUGGUUCACCAUUCCGGACUGUCGGAGGUUUCCGCGACUACGCUUCCUCACGUUCAUCACGUGCGUAAUCUGGAUCGGAGCAUCGUCGUACGUCGUGGCCUUCCUCAUCACCGCCAUCGGAGACACACUGAACGUUCCGGACUCCGUGAUGGGUCUGACAUUCCUGGCGGCGGGUACCAGUGUGCCCGAGGCUGUGUCCAGUGUCAUCGUGGCCAACAAGGGUCACGGUACCAUGGGCAUUAGCAAUUCCAUCGGCUCAAACACCUUCGACAUUAUGCUAUGCCUCGGUCUUCCCUGGCUCAUCAAAUCCCUCGCCUUUCCCGCCACUCCCGGAGAGCAUUGGGUGUCACUGAAAUCAUCCGGUAUGACCUACUCAGCCACCCUACUCCUCUCCGCCCUCGUUGGCCUCUACGUCUCCCUCCUGAUCAACAAAUUCAAGCUGGACUGGAAAGUUGGUGCAACAUGCACAUUCUUCUACCUCUUCUUCCUCAUCAUCAGCAGCAUGUUGGAACUCAAUUUCUUCUUCCCAGUCAACCUGCCCACUUGUGAUCACUGAUUUCUCCCAUCAUCCCGCCUAUCUCUAGUGCUUCAGUAUUUAUUUUCAAUUUAUGGCUCUUUUUUUCUCUCCCUUUUCUCUCUUUCAAUUUCUCCUAUUCCUCGCUUGAUUUUUUGUUGCCCAAGUGGCCAUAAAUCAGAGCAAAGACUAACAUUACUGCUAAAAGGGGUCUCAUCACUUGUAACACAAACUCUCAAUUUCAAGUUCUGAUUUUCUCCCCAAGGCUACUUCAGCACAAGAGUUUCCCAUUGAGAUUCCCCGUUCAUCCUGUGAAACAGCACUAAAGACUGCAAAUUUUCAUGCAAUUUAUAUUUGUUCAAUUGUAAUUCAUUUUUUUGAUUAUGUAUCCAUUCGAAUGUUGUUGAAAAAUAAAAUUAAAACUGUUGUGAAACA